GGUUAAUAAUAAUUUCUGCUAAUAUGAACUAUCCUUAUGGUUAAUAGAUGGGGUAAUAUGCCUAUGAUCCAAACAUGAAUAUGGUAAGUUAAUAUUUUAUGUUAGAUGGGCUUUGAUCCUUAAAUGUAUUAAGAAUACGCUUAUUUUUAUUUCGGAGGACCUUCUACUCCUCCUCCUCCUAAAGGACCUUACCCAGGUAUUACUCAUGAAGAUUAUGAAUCUUUUGAUAUAAAUAAACAAAUUUUGUUCUAAAGAUUUUUAGGUGAGACAGCAGCCUAUUAUUCUAAACAUUUACCAAAAUAUUAAAAAGAGAUGGAGGAGUUUUUAAUUACAAAUACUGCUUAUCAAAUGAAUGAAUCAGAGAAAUAACUGAUGCAAAAUUACCUUGAUUAUAAGAAAAAAGAAAAAGAGUAUGAAUCAUUUCUUAAAUAAUUGGAAUAAGCAUCCCAACCAUUGAAUUCAGAAUUGGAACAAUAAAAAAUAUUAGAAUAAUAAAAAUUAGAAUAACAAAAGCUUGAAUAAUAAAAGUUAGAAGAAUAAAAAAAGUAACAGUAAUUAGAAUAAUAAAAAUUACAAUAACAAUAAUAAUAAUAAUAACAAGAAUAACCUAAAGAAGGAACAACAACUACAACUAGACCAAAAAGAAAGUUGAAUUUAAAUGCAAAACCAUUAGAAAUAGCUGUGAAUCCUCCUAAAAUGCCAAUUUUUCCAAAAUAACCAGAUUUUUUGGAUUUUGAUAAAUUUUGGAAUAAUUAUUCAGCAUAUAUAAGUUUUUAUAAUCCAAGUUGUGAAGAUGAAUAUAAAAAUUAUCCAAAACCAGAAUAAUAAAAGAAAAAAGAAGCAGACGAAGAAGCUAAGAGAAAGAAGAAAUAAGAAGAAAUAGAGAGAGCAAUUUAAAGUAAAAAUAAUAUUAAUAAUUUUAGAACGCAAAGAUGCUGAAUAGAGAGCAAAAGAUAAACCUGCUUAAACUUUGAAUCUAGUAGAAUAAGUAGUAAAAUUAGAAGGAGAAGUGGAUUUAUAGAAAUAUGUAGAUGUAUAAAAUAAUAAAUAAACUUAGCCUGAUGAAACAAGAUAACCAGUUAAUUUAGUAUUUAUUGGUCAUGUAGAUGCUGGUAAAUCUACACUUUGUGGAAGAUUAUUAUUAGAAUUAGGAGAAGUAAGUGAAGCAGAUGUUAAAAAAUAUGAAUAAGAAGCUGUUUAAAAUAAUAGAGAUUCUUGGUGGUUAGCAUAUGUGAUGGAUUAAAAUGAAGAAGAAAAAUAAAAAGGAAAAACAGUUGAAUGUGGAAAAGCAUAAUUUGUUACUAAAUAAAAAAGAUUUAUUCUUGCUGAUGCUCCAGGACAUAAAAACUAUGUUCCAAACAUGAUUAUGGGAGCAUGUUAAGCUGAUUUAGCUGGUUUAAUAGUAUCAGCUAAGACAGGAGAAUUUGAAUCAGGUUUUGAAAAAGGAGGUUAAACCUAAGAACAUGCAUUAUUAGCAAAAAGUUUAGGUGUUGAUCAUAUUAUCAUUAUUAUUACUAAAAUGGAUACUAUUGAUUGGAAUUAAGAUAGAUUUAAUAUGAUAUCAUAAAAUAUCUAAGAAUUUGUUCUUAAAUAGUGUAAAUUUGAUAAUGUUUAUGUUAUUCCGAUCGAUGCAUUAUCUGGAUCUAAUAUUAAAAAUAAAGUAGAAGAAACAAAAUGUAAUUGGUAUAAAGGUCCUUCACUAAUUGAUUUAAUUGAUACUGUAUCUAUACCAAAAAGAAAUGAAGAAGGCCCUAUUAGAAUGCCAAUAUUAGAUAAAUUUAAAGAUUUGGGAUCAUUAUACAUUUAUGGUAAGUUAGAAUCUGGUAAAAUUAUUGAAGGAUUAGAUGUUUCAAUUUAUCCAAAGAAACAACCUUUCUAGAUUGUAGAAUUAUAUAAUAUGAAAGAUUAGAAGAUGAAAUAUGCGAAGGCAGGUGAAAAUAUUAAAAUUAAAGUUAAAAAUAUUGAAGAAGAAGAUAUUAAAAGGGGAUUUAUGAUGUGCAAUUUAACAUCUAAUCCAUGCUUAGUGUCUUAAGAAUUCUAAGCCAAAAUAAGAUUAUUAGAUUUACCAGAAAGCAGAAGAAUAUUUUCAGAAGGAUAUUAAUGCAUCAUGCAUCUUCAUUCAGCAGUUGAAGAGAUUGAAGUUUCUUGUGUUGAAGCAGUUAUAGAUGCUGAAACUAAGAAAACUAUUAAAUAAAAUUUCCUCAAAUCAUUUAACGAAGGUAUAGCUAAAAUAUCUGUAAAAUAUAUUUAAUAAAUUAGAUUAAAAAUCCAGUUUGUAUGGAAAAAUACGAAACAAUUACUCAAUUAGGUCGAUUUGCUUUAAGAGAUGAUGGAAAGUAUAUAUAUGUUAAUAAUAACUUUAGAACUAUCGGAUUCGGCGAAAUUUUGAAAGUUAAACCAGUUAAAAUAGGUUGAUUGAUUUUUUAUUUUUAAAAAGUACAUUUGUAAACAAUAAUUUUA